AUGAAGUCGACCUUCGGAUUGCUCGCUCUGGCAGCAGCAGCUAAACUCGUCAGCGCCCACGCCACUGUCCACGCCGUCUGGAUCAACGACGUGGACCAGGGUGCGGGAAACUCCGCUGACGGAUACAUUCGCACUCCCCCCAACAACAGCCCUAUCACCGAUGUCACCUCCGCCGACAUGACUUGCAACGUCAACGGCAAGAAUUCCGUUGCUAAGACCCUCUCCGUCAAGGCCGGUGACAAGGUUACCUUCGAGUGGCACCACGACUCUCGUUCUGCCUCCGACGACAUCAUCGCUUCCUCCCACAUGGGUCCCGUCAUGGUCUACAUGGCUCCCACCGAGAAGGGAACAGCUGGCAACGGCUGGGUCAAGAUCGCCGAGGAGGGCUACUCGAACGGCAAAUGGGCGGUUGCUAACCUGAUCGCCAACAAGGGCAAGCACUCGAUCACCGUUCCCGAUGUCCCCGCCGGCGAGUACCUGCUCCGUCCUGAGAUCAUUGCCCUGCACGAGGGUAACCGCCAGGGUGGCGCCCAAUUCUACAUGGAGUGUGUCCAGGUCAAGGUCACCUCUGCCGGCACCAAGACCCUCCCUGCCGGUGUUUCCAUCCCCGGUGCCUACAAGGCCACCGACCCCGGCGUUCUCUUCGACAUGUACAACUCCUUCACCAGCUACCCCAUUCCUGGCCCUGCUGUCUGGGACGGCUCUUCCUCCGGCUCUUCCGGCUCUUCCGACUCUAGCCCUGCUACGACUGCCCCCGAAGCGUCCGUGACCUCCGCUCCCACCAAGCAGGGCUCCGCCGACACAUCAGCCUCUCCCACCACCUUCGUUACUGCCACCAAGCCUACCACCACUGCUGCUCCCGCUGCUCCUCCCGCCAGCACUGGCUCCAACUCCGGCUCCGGCUCUUCCGGCUCCGGAAGCGCCAGCGGCUCUGUCAAGAUUUACCAGCAGUGCGGUGGCAAGAACUACUCCGGUGCCACAAGCUGCGAGGCCGGUCUCACCUGCAAGGAGUGGAACCCUUACUACCACCAGUGCCUCAAGGCUUAA